UUGAAAUAUACAAGCGUACACAUAUCUUCCUCAUAUUUAUAUCCAGAAGUGGCAGUCGACAUUAUCACUAGUGGGGAAAAGAAGAAUUGUGAAACCACAUGUCGUGGCUAGCAGAUGUCACCAAGAGUAAUGGCCUCAUUACGCUCCCUUUAGAGCCAAUGCACCAGAUAUUGGGGCACAAACAGUGAAUGGCCGCUUUCGUAUUAAGAAGUGACAGAAUAGCUUUCGUGGUGUGUUGUACUGGAUAGCCUUCUGUAACAAGAUGUUGCGUGCGGUUGCCCAAGAGGCUCUGAUGAUCGUGUGAUUUACGAACGCUGAAGAGCACGAGAGACCCUGAUGUGGUUCAGUUCACAUGAAAGGUAGAGAAACGGGAUAUCACGAUGACAGAAAUUGAAUCACGGUUAUCCACUGUACACUGCAACUGGAAGAAGCAGAGUAGAUGUUGCACUAGGGAACGCAUUUUUUAAGUGAAGAAGAUAUCUGGUAGACAUGGUCAGCCUUUUGCCCUCAGAUACAAUGGGUCAGUUUUAGGGCUGUUGACUCUCAGAAGAAUCAGGGACAUGAGGCUGACGUGCUACCCUACGCUCGUUCGGCAACACACCUCUAUCACUACGUGUAAAUGUGAGUGAGAAGGGCAUUUGAUAAUUCUGCAGGGAAGUUCUGUUGGGAACUGCGCGGGCACGGCUACCUCGUUCACUUCGCCAAGAACUACUCCGUCCUGCAGGGCUCUCUCAUUCACCCUUUCCACUGAGGGAAAGCCAGAUGAAUCAAACAAGAACUGCGUCGGAGACUUGUUGAAACGUUUCCUGUAUUAGUGCUUGUCUAUGUCAGAGAAGAGCACGUCUUUCUCCUUGUCAUCCAAACCAGCUCAUCAUUUCUAACCAUUCGAAAGGUAUUCACCCCUCGAAGGCGUACCAUCUGCAGCUAUUCUUCGUCGAUCUUUCGAGCUCAUGGUUCGCAUUUCAUGGGGCUGAAAUGCACUCUGUUGGAUCAUGACAUACGCAAACAAGCCUCUCAGGUUCACAUGGGCCGGCUGUUCCGCAGAAGUUGGAGAACAGCAAGUACAACUCACGAACGCUCUGUGGGGGCCGUCACCUGACACGACGAUCGGGUCCCAUUAGGGACCGAUCCACCGUACCGGAAAGUGUUUUCCUCGGUCAAUCGCUCAUUCCUGCAUUUGGAGUCAGCAGCAUCAUUCCUCCAAUACUUCCGCUGGAAGUUGGUGGUGACCACCGCCAAGAUCCGAAGUACCCGUUCUCACAAGCACCAUGUGAAAUUCUUCGGACAUCAACGUCCGUUCGGUGGUUGGAUGCUCAGUAGAUGUGUGUCUAGUAUGCAAUAUUCUACAAUCUUACCUCAAAACGUUGACAUUCCUGACGACAGACAGUGGGGGUUAUCACGCAGUCGGUGCACUCGGUCUUUCUGGUUCAACUGAAAACGCUUCGGUAUUUGGACAUCCUGGACGUUCUUCUGAUUGCAAUUUCCAUUCCACCUUUCGACCUUACUGUUGUAAAUCAUGUGCAGGGCUGUUGGCAAACGCAUAGAAUGCGAGCAUGUGCUUGACAGGUCGACGACGCGUAUGUCAACGAUAGCAGCAGAUAACAAGGCUUUUCACGGGUGAAAGUGUAUCGAACGUAUGCAUUACACUGGCGUUGCGUCAUAUGCUUACGUAGGAGUUUCUCGCUGUCAGUGAAGCACCACUUGUUCCCGGCUGCUACACUGUUUAUUACAAGCACACGUGACUGUCUUGCGUGGAUUGUUCUUGAAUCACCGGGACGCUUCUUUGUGCCGGCCUUACAACCAACAGCGGAGGAAAAAGUGCAUGCAGCAGCUUGGGCGCUGGCCGAUUCGAACCAAAGCCGCGGCACCAUGUGUGAGUCCCGGUGUCUCCGUCGUGUGACACCGGCUUUGCUUGGUCAUUCAGUUUUUUCAGAACAACAGCGUUGGACCAGGGAAGAAACACUUCCGGAAGAAAACAUCUCGUUUCUUGACGGUACCUUCCAAGGAUCACAACACGUUUGUGCAGCGUGUUUUCUUGACAGCUUCGCUGCAGGAAGUCGUGGGUGCUCGGGGUGUCCACGCGAACUCCCCGAGCUCUCCGCGCACACUACCCGAGCUCUUCGUCCUUCUUGACGACAGGUUGUGGUGCCGACCGCAUAAUUACCGAACGAACGUAAAGCUGUCUAUCUGGUGAAUCUUUUCCGCUGUCUGUGAUUUUUACGCGAGCGUCUGCCCCAGAUUCACGCAGGAAAGUUUCCCCUGGUGGCAGCUUGGCGCCGGUGGUCGGGACAAGGCAUGUGCGUAAUCUGUGCUGUUGCCUGACGCGAACCCCGGAAUUUCGUCACAUCGUCCCAUUUCCAGAUACAGUUGCCUCACGCGGCCCAGUCGUCCCGAGGUGCUGCAUGCCGUGGAGUGACACACGAAGCUGCGUUUGUGAACAUUGGCGUCGUCUCCGCCGUCGUUGUAACUGAAAGGGCCCCUUGUUUACCAGUUACCAUCAACGACAGAUCGGAUUUCCCGUUUCUGUGUGCGACAGAGCAUCUUGCAGUCUUGAGGCAGCAAAGGAGACCUUUUGUUGGGCAGAUCACAUUCGUAGUACAGCGGCUAAAGAUGGCGCCGCGUUAUCAUUCUGCAGCGGAGGCUGACACGGGGGUAUGUGGGGAGACGAAGUCCCGCGACAGCGAUGCCCUCUACGAUUUGCCACUUAGGGAUCCCGAAGAGGAUCAGACAACAGUUGCGUUGCAUCCAGGUUCUGGAGAAGAGAGAUUUCCGGUCUUUCAGUCUGAGUUCACUUCGGUUCCCGUGUCAGAUGGUGGAGCAAAUGGUGUCACCUACCCGGUAGGAGGAUCUCGGAAAGAGCAAGACGAGAUUUCUUCACGUGGGCCACCUGCCUACAGUCUCGAGAUAAGAGGAAAGACGUCAGAACAACUCGCUGAAAGCGGAGCGGAUGACGAAGGCACCAAUGGAGAGAAACAAAGCUUGUUAGUUCCUUGCCUGGCGGUUUUUUCCAGCAACUAUAACUUCACGGUUACUUCAAUUGCAUUGUUUUUGAUGAAUCAAGAUCCCUUGUAUAAGGAUGCCAGUGACACUGUAGUAGGUAGUAGCACUGUGAAGAUGCUUUCUUAUGCUGGAGCGAUUGUAGGGAUGUGUACAAUGGGUUACUUGGGAGACCUCAUUGGGCGAAGGCUUGCCAUGAUUUUAACGCUUGCUCUUGUUUUUAUUGGUGCCCUUUUGUCCUCCAUUUGUGCUUGGGGGGACGGAGUGACUGUUCUUGUUAUAAUGGGUGUCUGCAGGUUUGUUCUAGGAGUGGGCUCGGGAGGCGUCUACCCUUUGUCAGCCGUGAGUGCGGCAGAAGGCGCCGGCUCUGAGAAGUCUAAUGACCGAAGCAUGCGAGUUUCCUGGGCAUACAGCAUGAAUGUGCCUGGAAUUAUGUUUCCUUACAUUGUGGCUCUCGUCUUGUGGUGCACUACACAUAACGUCGAUGUUUGUUUCCGUAUCCUCCUGGGAUUCGGCGCGCUUCCUGCUCUGCUGAUCUGGUUACCUGCUUGGAGAAUGAAGGAGGACAGAGCCUACGUGGCGAAAGACUUCGCAAAACACUUGGCGGGAGUCUUUGUCAGUCGCAGUUACUGGCGUCAGCUUCUUGGCACCGGCGUAUGCUGGUUGUUGUAUGAUGUGACGGCAUACGGUAUUUUGUUGGUCCAGCCAGAAAUCACACAGUCAAUUUGGGGCAACAGUUCGUCGGUAACUGAUGUCAUUUGGCAAAACAUCAUUUUGAACGGUAUGGGAAUACCGGGAUGUUUUAUGGGGAUUCUUGUUCUCAAGCAAAUGGGAGUCAAAUGGCUGCAAUUUUGGGGGUUUGUUGGCUUGGCCGUUUCUGCCUUUCUUAUGGCUGCUACGGUUGAAAUCUUACAAGGGAAAGCGUGGGCACAACUGGUUUUGCUAUGUAUCGUCAAUUUCUUUAUCAAUUGGGGUGCGUCCAUCACAACAUUCAUUCUCCCGUCUCUCGUCUUCCCUCCAGAAGUCCGAAGUACCUACUCUGGAAUCAGCGCGGCUCUGGGCAAAAUUGGUGCAGUAGGCGGAAUCUAUACUAUGAAAGCGAUUCUGAGUACCGGCGGGCUUACGCCCAUGAUGAUAUGUGCCGGCGUCCCGUCUCUUGCAGCAGCUAUUCUCACGUGGUUUUAUGUCGACCCUGUGCCAAAUACGUUGCGCAGCUCUUUUCUACAGUGUUUCGGAAGCCUUGCAGGGUCUUGCCCGUUUAUCGAUUGUCGUAAGUUCCGGAGAGGAUCUCGGGCGUUUGAGUAGGGACAAUCAUGCAUGCUCAUGCGGGACUGGGUCCUCGCGGGAGGACAUGUACACAGGAGACGACAAGUUCCUUAGCUGAACGAGCGUAUACCUGAAACACGUGUAAGAGUACGGUGGACGUGUAUAUGUACCUUACCACAGUGCCGGGCUGAAGGUAUCGGCAACGCGUAAAACCAUUAUUCGACGAUUGGCAGAUACAACACGGUGUUGUUCUUUGGUGUGCAGUAAAAUGGGCGUGCCUUCCAGGCAUUUGUUUGUAAACCGUGGUGCGCAAGUGGAAAAACAAGAUGUCCGUGAAAUGCUGCUGCGCUGUUUGCGCCGUCAGCUUUUUUUGUGGAAGUCGGAUGUAUCUUUCAAUCAAAACCCUAAGCCACGGGAAAAAUCACCUUAUUACUCGUAAAACUGUUUUCACCAAAA